GGUGCACCAAAGCUUUCUUCCGGUUUUCCUUAGUUUCAUCGUAAAAGACGUCGCAGUGUAACACGUUAAAAUUUGUUUGCUGCCAUCACAUACACACUAUGAGUUGGCUUGCAAACAGCCAAUGAACAUCAUAAGAAGAAGAACAUGCACACUUCGUUGUGAAAAAGAGCGGUAGUUGUUAGAUUUCUAGAACGUUUCAGACAACUAACUGUUAUUUACAAAACACAAGAAGAAGAAGAAUUUGUGGCGCGUUCCAUUUGAACUGGGAAGUCGGAGCUCCUAAUGAAGUCUUCAGAUGAGAACACAGAAGAGGUCCUCGUCGUAGGCAUUUCAGUUGUAAGACGCAACAACCUGGAUGUGGUGGGAAGGCACCACACACACAUGCCUCAGAGAGUGUGAUACCACAUCCUUAGACACACCACCGACGAUGACGCCUUGGCUGUCACACAGGUUGCUGAACAUUGUUCCACUAAAAGUUCUCAUACAGACGUCAGUGCAUUAGAGACGCUGUGUGCUUCGUGACGGACUGGGUGGCAGGGAUAAAAUUGUUCAAAAAGGUUCAGCUGCUGUGCUUUCUUCAGUCGAACAAGCGGCAGAUAACAGCGGGUUGUCCCUAUGGCUGUUAAACCUGUGUACAUAUUGUUGCUGUGGGAGCUCGCUUUGUUGAUUCAUGGUGUCACUUCUUUCUGCAAUGUCACCUGCUCAACAGACUAUGAUGUUAUGCUGAAUUGUUCGUGCUCACAUGCUGUGCCAAGAUCUGUCCUAAUCAACGUUAACUGCAGGGAUUUUGAUACUGUGGUUAAUGGCAGCUGUGAGAUCCAUCCACCUCAGUCCUGGUGCAAAAUGGAUCUGGAGAACCUUUAUAUCGUUGCAUCCAUUGGAACCAACUGUACUUCAACAGCCAGUCAACAAAGUGAAGUAAUAAUGGAGGCCAGUGAGUCAUCCAGCUGGGAACUGAGUGAAGUGGUGAAACCUGAGCCUCCUUUCAGUGUUCAAGUUUCAGUGUUCACUGACGGAUUCUACACCAUCUCUUGGGACCACAACAACAAGGCCAACUGUCUCAUAUACAGGGUGCGCAUAAGACAGAGCAACAACCUGUCAGAGGGUCUAGCUCAUUCCCUUUCAGCGGAAGGAAAUCACAUUCUGUUAGAUCAUAACAAACUGCAGCCACAUUGCAGCUAUACUGUAGAUGUUCAGGCCAAGAUGUGUCCUGACAAUAUCUAUCAUGGUCCGUGGAGUGAGUGGAGUUCUACUGCAGAAUGGAGAACAACAGAAACGGAUGAACAGACUAAAGGAAUUAAUAGAUGGUGGUGGUGUGUCUCCUUAGUCAUUGUUCUUGUCCUCCUGUUGCUGGGUUGUUCACAAAAACCGUUUUGGCAGAAAAAAAUCCAGCUGAUUACAUAUGUCCCCAGGCCAAAUGACUUCUUCAAGCCCCUCUACCACAACUAUGGAGGGAACUUUAAGGCAUGGGUGAAGCCUGUAUUUGGUGAGUAUGAUUACCUAGGGGUCAACCCACAUGUUCCAGUGAUGAGCGAGAAGCAGCACGACGACAUCCUUCACUGGAACAAUGAAAAUCAAAGCUACACUGAGGACAGCGAGACGAAACAUAGCGGUCACUUCCUCCAUGUGCUGCCUCACAGCAACAUGCUGCUGCAUUUCCAAGACUGUGGCAGUUCACAGGGUAUGGUCCACUCCACGGGACACAUCUCCAUCCAUACUGUAACCCUGUCUGGAAAAGGGUUUGGUGAGGAGGUUAUUUCACAGAGCUCCAUAAACUCCCUCAGAAGCUACCAAGAUGGAGAAAACUUUAAUUCAUUUGAAGAAGACAACAGAGAGCAUGCUGGCCAUGAUUUGGGGGAGCCUCCAUUGUCUGGGAUGGAUAUACAAAGUGGGAUACUACCACAACAUGAAAACCAAUUACCAGGUGGUUUACCAGUGGGAAAUAUAAACUUUGAGCCACAUGCCCAGUAUAAUGAGCCAGAAAGAGUAUCACUUGACUCAUUUGUCUCUAACGGGCAGUCAGAAGACGGCUACCCUCAUGUGGACUUGGACACCAUUGACAGUGGUUUUGUGGAGUGCAGCAGCCCUGGUGCCUCAGACUCAAACCCUUCAGAGCAGAUAGACUCUGACUUAUUUAAUGAGCACAAAACCUCAAGUUCUAACUAUGUUAAGCAGUGGAUGAUAUGUAACACUAUUCAGGAGGACUCCAGCAACUUGGAGAAUGAUCUCCAUGAAGCACAGUGAUUGUUGGUGCUAAUUUACUACCACAGUUGCAGUUUGGAGUACUGUGGGACAUACACUGAGAGCAUGGCCACCGUUGGCAUUUUCACAAUGCAUAUUUGAAUUAAAAUAAGAUUCCAAGUGCCUCGUCAGGAUGGUAAAUCUUGUAUGUUUUGUUCAUCUUAAUGUUUUAG